AUGCGGGCCUUCCAAGACGACCCCCUCGUGCAGUCCGUCACGGCCUACGUAAAAGAUUACAUGAAACACUACGACGCGUCUCACAGCUGGGACCACAUCGAGCGCGUUGUAGCCAUGGCGCACCACAUCUACACUCACUCCGACCCUGCCUUCCAAGCCACCCUCGACCUGCGCAUCAUCCACCUCGCCGCCCUGCUCCACGACGUGGGCGAUCACAAAUACCUCCAACCGCACGAGUCCCCCACCACCGCCGUCGCCAACCUGCUGACCUCCCUCUCGUGCCCGCCGGCGCUCGCCAACACGCUGCAGACCAUCUGCCUCGGGGUGAGCUACACGGCCGAGACGCGCGACCCGGCGCGCACGGCGGCGCUGGUGGCCGCGCACCCGGAGCUGGCGGUCGUGCAGGACGCCGACCGGCUGGACGCGAUCGGCGCGGUCGGGCUCGCGCGCAUGUUCACGUUCGGCGGCGCCCGGACGGGCCGCAGCAUGGCCGGCACCAUGGCGCACCUGGACGAGAAGCUGGUCAAGCUGGAGGGGAUGAUGAAGACGGCCGUUGGGAGGGAGGUGGCUAGGCGGAGGGGGGAGAGGUUGGCGGUGUUUAGGGGCUGGUGGGAGGAGGAGGUUGGUAGAGUCUGA